GCUUUACCUUUGGCUUUAUUUAGCUGUUCAUGGCGUCUGCUGGAGGGUUAGUGACAGGUCGCCUCCUCACAAACAGAUAGGCCGGCGGAUUUUACGGUUUGUUGUGUGUUGACUCGUCUUUUGGAGAGAGACACAAUGGAGGUGGAGAGUUUCAGCGUGCAGGACGAGAGCAGUCUGACUCGGAUUAGGUUUGAUGCUGCUGUGAAAGUGAUCAAGACUUUACCCCCGGAUGGUCCCUUUCAGCCCUCCAAUGACAUGAUGCUCAAGUUCUACAGUUACUAUAAACAAGCCACUGUGGGUGCGUGCAGUAUUCCCCGACCUGGCUUCUGGGAUGCAGUUGGCAAAGCAAAAUGGGAUUCUUGGAAUUCACUUGGAGAUAUGUCAAAAGAAGAAGCAAUGGCCGCCUAUGUUGAUGAAAUGAAGCUGAUCCUGGAGGGCAUGCCCAUAACGGACGAGGUGGAGGAGCUGCUGCGUGUCCUCGGCCCGUUCUACGAGCUGGUUGAGGAGAAGACAAAGAUCAAUCAGAUAUCAGACUUGAGCUCAGGCUUCGGGACGAUGUUGAAUUCAAUGCCGUCAAAGAGCAUCCCAAAGAGCGUCACAAAGAGCAUCAUCAGAAACAUGGAGAUGAACGGCACUCUGGAGACUCGGCCCGCCCGCCUCAAACCAAAGGAAGUGAGGGAAAAGCUAGAGGAGAAGCUGGAGGAGGAAGAAGAGGAAGAUGAAGAGGAGGAUGAAGAGGAGGACGAGGAGGAGGACGAGGAGGAAGAGGAAGUACCGAUAAAGGAAGUCAGAAAAGACAAGAAAUCAACAGCUUCACAGCCAAAGAAGAAAAGUUCAGCCAGGAGACACAAAGUGCCCCUGUCAAAUGGUAAAGUGGCUAACGGGGUCGCCCAUCUGACCAACGGGGGUCACUCCAGGGCCGCGCUGAACAGCGACGAGUCCCACGAGGGCUCAGCCUGCGAACCUGUGCUCAACGGCCACCACGCAGAUCUCAGCGUAGAUGUGUCAGGUCCCGCUCACCUUGCCAGUGACUCAGACAGCGAGGUCUAUUGUGAUUCUGUGGACCAGUUUGGCCAAGAGGAGAACUCGGAGCAUAACCGCUCUCUGGAUGAGCUGGACGAGGAGGAGAACCAGGCCCUGCCGCCUCUGGACCACGAGGCCCACGAGGAGGUGGAAGGUCCGCCGCAGGUCGUCAGGUGCGGAGGAGAAGACGGGGACGCCGGUGGGACAAUGACACAGAAACAGAAGCUGAGUGCGGACAUGAAAGAGGGCUCCUUGGUCAGGCGAGGGAGAGGCUCUAGGUCUCCAGGCCGCGGCUCUGGACCUCUGGUGCCCAUGCACGGCAGCGGAGACGGUGACGGGGGCCACUGGGGAGGAGCGGUGACACCGGCGGGGAGCCUGAACGAGCAGAUAGUCGUGGCGUUGGCCAGACUGCAGGAAGACAUGCAGAGUGUUCUGGAGAGGCUGCACACACUGGAAGCUCUCACUGCAACACAGGCAAGAUCAGUGGCUCUGUCUCCUACUUAUGCAGUUCCUCCUGUGACUAAGAAGAGUCGGAAACCAUCCUGGUGGCCUUUUGACAUUUCUCCAACCAGUUUGGCCUUCGCUGUGAUUUGGCCAUUUGUGGUACAGUGGGUUAUCCGCCUAUACCUGCAGAGGAGGAGAAGACGAAUCAACUGAAACCACUCAUCAAACAUCCAAAAACCCACGGGCAUAAAGAAGAGUCCUCUAAAUGUCUUUGGUUGGGUUGCUAAUGGCUGUAACCCCCCCCCCCCGCCUCUCUCUCUCUCUCUCUCUCUCUCUCUCUCUCUCUCUCUCUCUCUCUCUCUCUCUCUCUCUCUCUCUCUCUCUCUCUCUCUCUCUCUCUCUCUCUCUCUCUCUCUCUCUCUCUCCCUCUCUCCCCCUCUCUCUCUCCCUCUCUCUCUCUCUGCGCUUGGACCCACAGCACAGUAAUUUGCUUUUGCACUAUGAAGAAGGCACCUAGAGUAAUGAGUGAGAGGAAGAGAGCUCUCAAAGUGUGUGUGGUGUACGUGUGGUACUGUGGACGUGGAAUCAAAAAGAAUAAUAUGAAUGUACGGGCUUACACAGCCUUUUUAAAGAUGAUACCAUCCGACUGGGAAGUUUUAUCUCUGUAAGAACUGGUUUUUGUGUCGGGAGGGAAACGUACGGUUGGGUUAUCGUCAGCCUGUUUGUAGACCAACUACAGUAGCUUCUCAAUGAUUUCCAUAUCUAAGGCUUUGUUGCACAAAAAAAGGGCCUGAUUCUUUUGUUGUUGUUUUUUUUGGAGCGUCAAGCUUGAUGUGGUUAUAAACUUUCACUUUCAUUAGUUGCCCAGGCGAUGCUGCUAAAAUAAAGAUGUUGUAAUAACUGUAGCUUAGAAGGAAGGAUUGAAUGUAAUUACAUAUAUAUUGUGUUCUUUUUAAUUCUAAGAAUAAGUUAAUAUUUAUUGCUUUGUAGCAACAGUAAAAAUGAAGGCGUUUUUGGCCUGAUUUCGGCUGUAUAAGUGAGGUUUAUGUUUAAAGUGACUCUUUAAUGUUGUGUAUAAGUUUCAGAUGUGUCCAUUGCCUGUCCUACUGCAUAUCAAUCUGUGCUUUUUUUCUUUUUCUUUUUUUGUCACAGUGGUUCGAUUCAGCGCCCACUUUAACUUGGAAAUAGAAAAAACUGCCUCAACAUCAUCAUAAGAUACAUUUAUCGGUGGCAUUAUGGUUUCUUACGUUCACAUAUUGUAGCGUAACCGUUCUAGUUCGGGACCAAAAAAAAUAAUCACGUAAAAAUCACUAACUCACAAAUCAACGAGGUGGUGAGAAUCAAACCCAUCUGACAGUCACGGCUUCGGUUUCCGCUCAGCUGUCUGAUGAUUAACGCAUAACACUCGUCCCUCGUAUGCUUCGUUUACGCUGUCACAUUUUUCUAUGUUUAAUUUUAACGUGUGAUGUAGUAACAUGUUUGUGGAGCGACUGUCUAUCUGAGCGAUAGUGAUCAUGAAUUUGUUUGCGAAGCAGUGCGAUCAAUAUAAAACUGUAUACAAUAGCUGUACAGUUCUGAUGAUUAAAAUGCAAUAUUUUAAUUGCAUUUCCAUGUGUUUAAUAUAUAGAAUAUGAUAUCAUAUUUACAAAGGUUUGCAUCUGCAAUAGCACUAACCUUUCCAGAGCCAUUAUGUUUUAAUAAAAGAAUAAUAGUUUACCUUUCUACUGAAGUAUGUACUAAGGCUUUCUCACCCUCUCUGCCUGUGGAUAGAGUGGUGUUUGCAUGUGAUAAUCUAAGCCUCAAAUAAAAUUUUCAUAAAGCAUAUUGAUUUGUGCAAAUCGUCUCUUUCACACAUUUUAACUUCUUAUUAACCCCUAAACAGGCAACAUGCACCAGGAGAUACAGACUCUUUAACACCCUGUUAGGAGCAUGACUGGUUAACCUUCGUCUCGUCCUCCCAGGUCAAAUUGACCCCGUCUGUUUUGACUGUUCCUUCUUUCCUCCCUUCCUGUCCUUCUUCCCACCCUCCUUCUCUUUCUUUCCUUCCUCUCUCUUUCCUCCCUUCCUUCUGUCCUUCCUGCCUCCCUCCCUCCUUCUUUCCUCCCCCAUAGCUUCCUUCCUUCUGUCCUCUUUUCCUUUCUCCCUCCAUCCUCUCUCCUUUCCGUCCUUCUUCCUCCCUUCCUCUUUUCCUACCUUCUUCCUUUCUUCCAUCCUUCCUUCCGUUUUUCCUUCUUUCUCCCUUCCUUCCUUGACUCGAGGACAACAGGAGGGUUAAGGUAGUUGUUCAGUUGUAUGUGCCUUUUCAAAUGAGUUAAUAAUUGAAGCUUGUGGUAGGCCUUUACUUUCAUAGAAAUGAUAGUCAGUUUAGAAACUAGUCUGUUGACAAGGGAAAACAAGAAUGUAUCACUUCUCUUUAUCAAAGAUGUUUACCAUUAUUACCAUUUUUAUACCUGAAUGAUAAAGAAUAAAAUAAUUUAAAGAAU